GAACAGCCCAGCCCGUCUUUGGGCAAAUCCGACUGUGCAUUAUGCCAUGAGCCAUCGAGCGUGGGGCUGGCAGCUGGCAGCUGGGAGGCUACUGCCAAUCACCCGCUACGGCGAACGUCCAGAAAAAGGCCUGACGACGUGCACAGGGGUAAAGCUCUCGGGAAGCCGAGAUUCUUCAGUUGAGCGUGGCCCAAGCUCCUCCCGUCUGGCUCUCUUGCGGCCAGAUUUAAAGGUGAGGUGGAGCAAUCAAUGCCAGGCAUUGGGCCCCAACAGGGAUACACACCAAGGGAGGCGGGCGGCUAAAUAUUGAUUCGUGCCCCUCAGCAUAUCCCAGCCAGCUUCCGGCGAAGCACACCCGUGAGCAAAACUCGCAUGUAUAAUCCAGAACUCGAUGGGAUGGGUUAUUUCGACGAGAUAGGCACUGGGGCAGACACUGGGCGACCCAGCGGCAUAGUCUCUCGGCACUGCGGCUCAGGAGGCUCAGAGACGACAAGGUUGUGUGGGCGCUUGCAAGAAAUGACACCUGAGGUGCUCCGCCGGCUGUUAUUUGCUACACCAUCUCUUCUAAGCGCCCGGCCUACGGCACCAAUCACCAAGCAGGCCAGCGAUGUUCCUUGGCGGGGCCCAAUCGAGGCAGCUCCCAGAGACCCAAAGAGGGGAUGGGGAGAGGAGGGCAUGGGGCAGUGGCCCCUCCACUCCACUCCACCCGGCUGGUCUCCGCGAGUCCACGACCCUCGCCCUCGCUGAACGAGCCUGUCAAGGUGAGCCAGAUGCCGCCGCCGCCGCAAGCCAGCAUCCAAGCAGCUCUCGUCGUGCCUGUCCCUGCCGGUCCUGCAUUGCUGCUGCUUCCUCCCGCCGCCUAGCAUAGCCCCAUAUUUACAGUACCUCACCUUUCCCUGUUCCUGGACUCGCCUGCAUGCGCGGGCACUGGCCUCGAUAGUCUGACUGGUUCUUUUUUCUCCGAGGGUCGGCCUGUUAUGCGGCCUCAGUAGCCCACUACGCCCCCACCAACCAGCCCUAUCGUCGACCAGUGACGACGGCGUAUAGAGAUACGCAGAACUCACCCAGGCAGGCUUCCGACACGGGCGCGACAAAUCCCUCUUUACGGCGCGCCAUACCCUGGUGACGCGCUCCAUAGCUGUGUGCUUGCGCAAGCUCCUGACUCUGCUGCCAAGUGGAAUCCACCCUCAGCCCACAGCCCAACAUGUCUGACCGCGGUCGUGGCAUCCCGGAGGAGGAGCUCUUUAUGAGCCGCCCUGCACGGGACGACGGCGAUAGCCCUACCAUCGAACCCCUGAGAAUCUUCAAACCUCAGAGCCCCAAGCCGGCCGCAGACAAGCAGACCGACCGCUUCAAGUACCCCUACCCUGUUCCGACCUCUUCUGCGGGCUCAUCGUCCUCCUCGAAGCCAAUGUUCCCCUUGCCACCCGGCGCAUCCAGCUCUGCUGCGCCCUUGCCCUAUCCCGAAGAGGACGACGACCGAUUCACCUCCCAGCCUAGUCGUCCGACGUACACCGCAGACAGUCGCAAGUCCUCAGCUGCGUCAGGCCGGGUGUACGGCUCAGGAGGUACCCCAAGCCCCGCACCUGGGAGCUACAACGAUAUAUCGCCUCGGCUCAACCUCAGCCCUGUCAGCGACGGCCGUCCCGGGCUCGCUGAGAGGAGAGGCACUGCCCCCAAGCCCAUAACGAGCCCUACAAGUCCAGGUGGCGAUAAGGAUGAGCUCUUCGCAAAACCUAUAAAGAGCCAGCAGAAGAUAUCUUCAACGUGGCAGAACAAGCCGUACUACCCACCUCCCGAGAGCACCACCUCCUCCGGCUCGGGUUCGAGCUCUCAUACCGCAAAUGCGAAUGCAUAUGCCCAGCGCCAGGACUCCAACCACCUGGGCAUAACAUCUGAUGGGAUGAACCGAUUCCCGUCCACCGCCUCAAACUCUACAACCAAGGCCAGCAGGGGCUCGCCUCCCCCACCUGAGACUCCAAUCGUCGAGCCAGGGAACAUACCAGGCGGUGGUAUCGAAGCUCGGUAUGCAGCUGCUGGUAUAUCUGGCACAGCGACUCUGAACGCCCUGCAAGCGCAGCAGGCGCAGAGUGCUGCUGCCUCGCAGCGCCUGGCUCAAUAUGGGGGCCAGCAGCCCCAGCAGCCCCAGCCCACGCGUCCCUGGACUCCUACCGACCACCAAAACACCCACGAUGCUCCCACCGUAUACCAAGGAUCUGCGCCGGUGGGCAGUCCGCCGCAAGCUGCCCAUCCUGCUCAAGCUCGCCCGAGUGCCUCAGGCGGCGAUGGACCGGCCCUCCAAGUGAGCGUGUUGGAGCAGGACUUUCAACGCAUGCAAGCCUCAACACCGCCCCCUGCGUACACCAGUGUGAGUCAUGGUGGAUCGGGCUACCCAGCAGAGAAGCAGCGACCUACGGCAGGGAGACAAAGCAGUGCGAGCUCUGCCACGGCAGCUCCCCAGCAAUCAGCAGCUUCCGCUGCCCCUACCGCGCAGAGUGCUUCUGCUGGCUCAAAUGACCCCAAGAGGCCGCAGAUUUCCACCUCGUCUGUCGCCGCCGCCGGUCUGGCUUCUCCCGUGACAGCGCCACACAAUGCGAAUCACCCUGCUUUCGCCAAUGACCCAAGACCGGCAAGCGGGCAGAAUGGCCAUCCAGCCUUACAGCACACGCCUUCCGUGCUCACCCAGGCCCAGUCUCCCCCUCCGCUACCAGAGGGGUGGAUCGCACAUUUGGAUCAAAACUCGGGCCAGUACUACUACAUCCAUCUUGCAACGCAGGCGACACAAUGGGAGUUCCCCAAAGGCCCAACCCCAAUGUCACAAGACGUGGCGCCUCUCUCCCCUGUGGGUUCAACAUACGGUAACCCGCUGGCAUCUCCUUUCUUAGGUGGCAAGCAGUCCCUGGCCUCCCCUGGGCUUUACCCACCAUCCACCCCAGGGUAUGCGGAGAGCAUCAUGAGUGUCGCAACAGCUACACCGUCAGCAGCAGGCUUCUCAGGUCCCCCGCCCAGCGCAGGUGUCGACAUGUACAAGAUUGCGCCCACCAACGGUGUUUACUUUGGGCCAUAUCUUCGAUAUACCAACAUGGACGUCGAAAAAGGGCAAUGGCUUGGCAGCAUUAUGCUCGUCACAGAUGCUCCGCAACCUCCCACAAUCCAUUUGCAUUUGAGUGUGGAUCUGUCUCCGAAUCCACGGCAACUAAUACCUCAGUCAAUAUAUACCCACCAACGUUGGACGUUCUAUAAGUACGAAAUCGACAUACCAAUGGGUGAGAGCGGCUCUGAGCGAUGGACUUAUGCGAUCACAUCACACCUGGGAUGUACAAGAUAUGAGUUCAUCGUUGCUGGCCGACACGAGAAUGGCUGGCGGUUCAUCGCGCACUCGGGCAAUGAUUUCGCUGUGAGCACGUCACAAAAUGAGCGGGCAAAACUAGGUGGAGCGGGUCUCAUGUGGAAAGACGUACUGCAGAAAAACGUCGAAUGUGGCGGCUUCCAUGUCCAGCUCGGACUUGGAGAUCAGAUCUACGGAGAUCGGCUGUGGAAGGAGGUCCCUCUGCUGAAGCAGUGGCUCUCCAUGCAAGGCAGGGAAAACCGCAAGAAUGCGCAGUGGACGGCGCGGCAUGAGGAAGACGUUUCCCAUGCGUAUUUCCACUACUAUACAAGCCACUUCGACCAGCCUUUCCUUCGCGAGGCGUUUGCGCAAAUUCCUCACAUCCUGCAGAUUGAUGAUCACGACAUUUUCGAUGGCUUCGGUUCGUAUCCUGCAUAUAUGCAACAGUCAGCCAUUUUCAAGAACAUCGGACGGAUAGCUAUUGAGAUGUACUUGCUCUUCCAGCACCACACUACCAUCGAGAUUCUCCGCAACGUCAACCACGAUCUAGAUCUCUUCACUAUCACGGGUACGGGCUGGCAUUUUGUCAAGUAUCUCGGCCCAUCCGUCGUCGUAGUAGGACCGGAUCUGCGGUCGGAGAGGAACCAGAAUCGCGUCAUGGCUGGGCCAACGUACCAGGGGAUAUUCCCCAAGGUCGCCAUGCUACCCCCCUCUGUACAGCAUUGUAUUUGGAUGCUCUCUGUCCCGGUCGUUUACCCACGACUUGACACGGUUGAGACGCUGGCAAACACGUUCGCCACGGGUAAGAAGGCUGUCAACUCCACAUACAACCUUCUCGGCAAAGCAACCUCGUCUGUUGCGGGCAUUAUUGGUGGCAAAGAGGUAGUUUCCCAGGGAUUUACACAGGUGAAGAAGGCGGUCGGCAAGACUGGACUGAUGGGUAAUGUUUUGAACCAAUUUGGUGACUUUGAGCUCGCCGAUGAGCUCCGGGACCUGUGGACACAUGAAUCCAAGGACCUCGAGAGAACAUACUUCAUAAGGACACUACAAGGCAUCUCCCAGCAGAAGGGCAUUCGGAUGACAUUCUUCUCCGGAGACGUCAACUCGGCCGGGGCAGGCCUGGUGCACGACCCGUCGCACCCGUCAGACCACAAGACCAUGUACCAGAUCAUCACGUCGCCCAUCGUGGCGUCGCCGUCGAGCAGCUACAUCCUCAAGAUGCUGCACAACAACAAGCUGCUCUACGUGCCGGCCAACGGGCACAAGUCGACGCACGAGGUGUCCGACACCAAGGAGGACAUGAUGGAGAUCUUCCACACGGACGCGUCGGGCGCGGCCCGCGAGCUGAAGAAGCUCAUCGGCCGCCGAAACUACGCCGCCUGCGUGGUGUACGACCCGGACACGCUCAACGGCGGGGCCGGCGGGGUGCCCGGCGGGGCGGCCAGCAACUACGCGCACAGCAUCGCCGGCAGCGGCAGCGGCGGCAGCGCGGGCGGGUCGUCGGCGGGCCUCAGCAAGCUCAGUCUUGCUGUCGACUUUGUCGUGCAGGGCGACGGGCAGUUCACCAUGCCGACCAAGUACGGCCCCGUCAUCGUGCCGCACCUGGAGUUUGGACACUGAGCGAGCGCGCCCCCUCUCUCCCUCCUCCCCUCCCUCCGCACUGCCAGGUGACGGAUUUAUUGCUUGCUCGAUGGCCAGUGCCCAAUUGGCCUGCUCGUGGCGACGAAGUUAUUACAGAAGGACAUAUGGAGUUUGGACAUGGGGGCUGGCCGUUUGACAGACAAGGUCUUUUUCUUCUUUUUUUACGAUUCUAUUUACAUUCUGCUGCGUAUUUGGUUUGACACAUAUUCCCCCAGACAGCCAGGCGGUAGACGACCUGUCCCUGAUGAUGUUUCUGCAUUUGGCUAGCAGCAUAAAUACAUUUUCUUGACGUGAGGUGACACAAGUUUCAAUACCAAUUUGUCGUUAACGGUUUACCCCAAAAGCCAAGAUACAAGCAGCCCCGAUCUGCAUCACCCGCCUGGGGGGCUCCCCUAGCGGGAGCAUUUUUAGCAUUUUUUAGGUUUCCAAGAUCGUCUACGAUUGAUUUGGCAGAGACAAAACACGUUGAGACAGGGAUAUUUCAUCCAAGCAGGGCAAGCACGUUUCCUGCAUGAUCAAGAUCGGUUAUGGAGCAUGAGAUCGGAUUAAUGUUAUGUACAGUCCGCCAGCCCCCAAUAAAUCGUGCCAGCAUCUGCCGAGACAACCAAGCAAUGUAAUUCCAAGCGCUUUAUGUACAUCGCCGCCCUCAAGUGUGCGCCUUGCUAUUCGUGAUACAUGCAUCAUCCCCUUGCCGGCGCUCUUGCCGACAAGGAGUAAAAAAAAAAAAAGGGUGGGGAGAAACCGCCAAAUGGCCCUCAGAGAUUCAUUCGCUUCCGCAGUUAUCAAAGACUGGGAAAGGAGAUGAAAAAGAAAGGAAGAUGGAAUGGAAUGUAGGGGUAUCCAAUAAAAGUGUAGUGGUUCCGGCCCUUGCGAGCUAAAGAUGAAACGGAACUGGUGUAAAGACAGGCCACGUCGGAGCCCAAAUGCUUUGUCGAUCCCUUUAGGAACCCCCACAAUCAUCCAUCCUCCGGCGGAGAAAGAACUCCAUGGCGAUCUCACGGCCCUUCUUGCUGAUGGCCUCGCACAGGAACUGCUGCAGGCCGUCGACGUCACGCGGCGAGGAGUAGGCGGGGGCGUUGCGCCAGCUUCCCAGGCCGGACUUGAGCUUCUCGAAGUCCUCCCAGGUGCGGUUGACGAUGCAGGCCCGGUUGUGCUCGUGGCAGAGGACGACCUCGUAGACGACGGUUGGCUUGUCGUUUUCGUCCUUGCUGAGGCGUGCCGAGCGGAUCCAGACUGCCUGUGGGAGGUGGCGUGUUGCGUUGUAUGUGUGGUGGCACUUGCGCGAGUGGAACUGGGGCUUGAGAGGCUUGAUGGCAGAGCUUGUUUGUUGUUGUUGCUGUUGCUGUUGCCGUUGCCUCUUCUCCUCCUCCUCCUCCUCUUGCUUUUGCUGCUUUGCUUGUUGAUGUUGGCGUUGGAGUUGUUGGAGGAGUUGUUGACGGUGUGCUGCGUCUAUGGUAGAACGUGCCGGCGUCUUCCUCGAGACGGUAGGUGCCUGCCUGGAGCGACACUCAUCGGGCUGGGGCUGGUAGGCGAUCUGGAUAUGCAUUUUUUCGUUGUUUUUUCCUCGUCGUUUUCUUUUGGAUUCUGCUGUUGGAAAUAAAAUCGAUAGAUGUGUUUAGAUUAUUCUCUGGCUCUGGAUGUGCCUUGAGGAAGAACAGAACAGAUUUCAAGCAGGGUUAAAGGAUAGUGCGGCGGAGGCAGGAUAUAGAAAGGAAUGACAAGCAAACAGAUCGACUGUUGUGCUCAGAUGCUAAGACACGAGAAACACAGCUGGGGGUCUUGUGUGUUUGAGCGUGGGCUGAUAUAUGAGAGGAUGCGGCUCUGUAAGCUCAGAGCCUCAUGUGACAACGUAAGAUGGGCGAUGGUAUUUAUCCAUCUGGGCAGAUCUUCAACAGCCGCUACGGCAUAAAAGCUGUCAUCCAACAGUUCAUCUGUCUGUGGCAGGACCCACAAGGCUGUUUGGACCAGGCUCUUGGAUGGGGGCCAGGAUUGGGGGAGGGAAGCGAAGCGAGAGAGAGGGCGACGAGGCAGCGAGGCAGCACAGCAUUCCCAAUCGGGGUUGACUGUGGAUGGGAUGAUGGGCCCAGCAGGGAACAAGGCCCUUGGCCCUGGGCCCCAGCAGGAGCCUCGGGAUGGGCAAGAAGGGCCAGGAUGGCUGGAUGGGAUGAGCAGGUAAUAUGGAGCGGUGACGGGGCGUCGGCGAGUGCGGAGACUGCGGUGGACGCGCGGUGGACGGCGAGGCAUGCGAGGGAGUCAGUCACGGGCAGUACCCCAUAGGGCAAAGGCUUGCCAUGUCAGGCAUGUUCCGUACAUAGCAACAGUCGGGCUGGCGGCUGGCUGGCUGUGCAGCGCCUGCGCGUGUGUAGCGACCUGAAACCAGACGCCCUAGCAGGAGCCGUCGUGGGUUAAACGAUCGCCCAGGCUGGGCCAACCGGACGAGUGUUUUGUUUCUUGUGCUGCGACGGCGCAUGAAGUGUCAUUUCCGCCCGUCUGGUCGAGUGCUGAUGCUCGCCCGAGUCGCUCGAGGCGUGCCUGUCCCUGUCCCGUCCUGCCCGUAGCUGCCCCUUUGGGCUCAAAAUAGGAGAGGUCGAGCAAAAAAGAAGAGGGGACCACGGCGAUCUGAUCUCCAGCAGGGGGGGAGGGGAGAGGAGAGAAACCAAACGAUCUGGGGCCCGCCAGUGGGAACGCGUACAAUGCGUGCGUAGGUGUGUGCGUGUGCAAGAAACCUACCUACCUUUCUGCCUGCACGUGAGUAAACACCGUUUCGAUUCGUCUCGUGAUGGACAUGAAUGAACCUGCAGUGGAUGUUGUGUUUGUGCACGCUGCAGCACUGCACAGACUACCGCCAGAUCUGGCGGGGCAUAAGGAAAACUCUGGCACAAGGUUCGGAGGAAAUCUAACUGAUCUCGUUUUUUUGAUUGCUU